AUGACUAUAGUUCGCAAGCUUUUUGAUAGAUUGAACCUAGAGCCAAGAGCACAUGGUAAAAAUAAAGCAGAGAAAAACUAUAAUCCAUACAUUGACAAACCUGUUUCUCAAGUGAAUAUAGAUGACAAUGGUGGUGAAAGAAGGGGAGUUAAAAAGAGUGCAGUUUCUUUACCAAAUAAACAGGUGGAAUCACUUGUAGGUGGGAGUGCAAAUACCGAUCAAGAGCUGUUGACAACAUCCUCGAAACCGUAUUCGUCCUUCAAGCUGGUGUCACCGAUAUCCCCUAUCCUUUCAAUCAGACAGAGUUUUGCCACUGAAAAGAACCAUACAGACAAAGGAAUUAGGAAGGAGGUGCAAUCAGCAACAGCAACAGCAACAGCAACAGCAACAGCAACAGCAACAGCAACAGCAACAGCAACAGCAACAGCAACAGCAACAGCAACACCAGCACCCGCACCAACGCCAGCGCCACCCGACUCGGUCUCCUCCUUGGAUUUACUGCCAAUUGGGUCAACCUCUUCAAUCACCCUGAGCUUCAAUCUACCCACCCUUGCACUACACGAUGCCUUUUACUCACUAGUUAAAGUUGACAAGCUCAAGUUUUCCCAUCGUGGUACUUUGUUGAACUUCAAAACAAGACAAACAAAUGAACUGGAUGUCUUUGUUUGUGAUGAAAAUGGUAGAGCGAUUAAAGAGAGAAGGAGUAAACGGAAAAGAAGAAGCAUUCGAAGAAAGAUGAGUUUGAGCAGUGAGGGUGCUCGUGCUCGUGAAAAGGAGAAUGGUGGCGAAGUGAUUGAUACUGUGGGAUCGGCUAGAAGGGGAGUUGGUGCAGGAGACAAUGCAUCAUUUUUAUCCAUUGCAACCACUGCUACAACAGCCACUACGAUGACUGCAUCAAUCAAUGGAGAAAGGAGUGCUAAUUUGAGGUACAAGGCAAUGACACCAAUUGUUGCAAGAUCAAGUUACACAAAUUCAACCACAACCAAAACUCGACAAGACUCAUGCAAACAUAGUAAUGGAUCGGCCAAAGCUGGUUCAAAUGGUUACCCCAACUUACCACCUGCUGCAAUUUCUGCACCUGUCACAGCUCGCGGUAAUACUGCACCACUUACACCUCACAAUUCACCUGCUAGGUUCGGUAGUCGAUUUGAUCCUUGUUUCAAUAUCAACAACUUCAAAGUCAACAUUAUCCCAGAUGUAGCUUCCUACCAACCAAGCUUUCUCAAGAAGCGGAGCUCAAUGCGCACGUUGGAAUCAAGAGUAGCCACGCCCAAUACAAUUACAAACACCACAAACACCACAAACACCACAAACACCACCAAUAACAGUAAUGCCACUAAAGUACCUACCGAAUCAUCAUUGACUUCGUCAACGUCGCCGUUGGUCGAUGAUUCCAAGUCCACGGCAGCUUCAUUCCAUCACCAACAGGUUGAGUUUGGCAAGAAGUUUACUUGUGUUGUUGAAGAAGGAUUGAAAUCGUCCUCGCUUAGUGCACAUGCGUCCAUUCGUGACAUCAAGACUGAAUGUGGAGACAUUGCUACCGGUGGAACAAACCGAGAUGAUACUGGUCCUAUUGCUACUGGCGCCGUCUCGGGUGUUGAUAGUGACUAUGGAACUGACGUACAACUGCUGACACUGAUGCAAUUGCUGCAAUAUGACGUUGAUUGCCGAGAAUUCGAGGAGCAUAUGCCAUUAUUAGGUAAAAAGAGAGGAAUGAAUAACGCAAGUAAAGCCGAGAGAGGAGCAAACUAUAAACAAACAAAUGAACUGACUACUACAUCCUGUGAUGAGUCUCAAGAUCUUGUCACUGGUACGCGGGAAACUGAAAGUCAGGGCAACAGUAACUACGGUCACAAAUGGUUUGUGCAAGUGAGGGAUCGACUCCAUUGUUAUUAUAAUGCGAAAUUGACCAAGUUGAAACUAAUCAAGCUGCAUCAUCAAAGAAGUAAAAAAAUGGAUGGAUUCGUUGUGGAAAAGGAACAAAUGAAAUCUAUGCUUGACCAUGAUGAAGCUGGUGCUGGUGCUGGUGCUGGUGCUGUUGUCGCUACGACACCAAAUACUUCCAAUCCAAUGCCAAAUUUGCAACUUGGGUUGUAUUCGCACAUAAACGAGCAAUUACUGAAGAUCAAUGUCGUCGACGAUACCCACAACAAUGAUGAUUCUACCGGUGAUGGUGAACCUGAUCUCUUAGAUUCAAAUCACUUUCCAGCAUGCAUUGUUGAUUCCGAUGGGUUUUACGUUGCUGAUGAAACUGAAAAAGAGAAUGAUUUGACAGGUGCAAUUUAUUUCAUCAAAAAUAAUAAGGAGGAAGUUCAUCAUGAAGUUGGUGUUGGGGACGGUAAUGGAACAACGGUCGCCACUGCAGCCACUGCAGCCACAUCAGCCACUACAUGCAAUACAAUUGCCGCUUCAACAUCUAUGCGCAUCUCCAAAGCUUCUUAUUAUCAUCGACAGCAAUUGCAGCGACAAUUCGAAUUUGCUCCGCUGCUGUUGACGAGAAACAAGAAUAGAGCCGGCUGUAACCAUAAUACCACUGCCACUAAUAUUCAUGUACCAUCUAAUGCAAUGCAAGGAGUGGCCAAAUUUGAUGCAAACUCAACCAAGCUGAAACUGAUGAUGACUAUGAUGAUGGUAAAGACUAUGGCGAGUGCGCACGCACAAGCGCAAACCCAGGCGAUUGAAUUAAAUUCUCUUUGUGAAGUUGAGUGGUCCAGUUCUAAUGAUGGUGAUGAUGAGCAAAGUUUUGGUGGGCGAUUUGAUAGUGAUGUUGCGUCUAGUGUCGUCAGUUUAGAUGCUUGA